AAGAGAAGAUGUCUCUGUCUCCAUUGCAAUACCUUUUUCCAACACCAGUCAUUAUCUAGGGGUGUUUUGCAUUUUGUAAUUCAUACCUAAAUGUACCAGGAUUGCAGUUUUUGUUUCAGUUCCGUAUGAGCUGAUGGAGAACAAAUCCGAUGUUCAGUUCUCUGCCAUGUGUGCUCCCAACAUAACCUAAACUUAGUUCUGUUCUGAAGAGGUUACAUUUCAUCGUUUUUAGUUACUGUUGAUUGAAAAAAAAAAAAAAUCUGUCUAAUGAAACUCUACCAAGACUUCAGGUCUGAAUUUUCAUCUUGAAAGACUUAAGUAAUAAAGGCCAAGAAAUCCAGCACAUUCCUGCUCUACUGCAGAAGGGCAGAGCACCACAAAAAGGAGAAAGCCUACUAUAGAAUCUAAAGGGCACAGCUAAAGGGGUUGUACAAAUGGUGUGAAGGAGACUGUACUAGAAAGACAGAGGCAGUGCUUACCAUGGAAUCAGGACUUGAAAAAGAAUGCAAGGAAGUCAUUAUGGUUAUGGCUGGGGAUGAGAAAGCAUCAGUCAGGAAGCUGAAGUUGUGUCCAAGUGAUUAAGUUCAAAAGGACCUCUAACCUUGAAAGGUUAGAAGUAACAAAGCAAAUGGCAAGACAAAAAGUGACUUGGAGGAGCAGAUACAAGUGUCUGAAUAGGCAUGGGCUCUUCAACUUGGUAGAGAGUCUGUUAAGGUGAGAUAUGAUAGAAAUCUUAAAAACCAUGAGUGGUACAGAGAAGAUGGAUAGCCAUUGCUUUUUUCCAACAUUUCUUCUGAACAAAAAAUGAGGGGAUGUAUACAGUAUAACUGAAGUCUAAAAACCAAAGUGAUUCUUUGCAUAAGAGACCCCUGAGGACUCCCUUUGGGUUAAAGUUUACACAGGUUGAAAGAGUGACUCGGUAAGUUUGUAGAAGAGGGACCUUUUGAAUGUUACUAAAUAUAUAGAAACUGUUGGAAAUAGCCAGAGCCGAAAACAAUGUGAGGUCAUGGGAUUGUUGAGGGGCACUGUCUUACUUUAGCACUGGUGUUGGUGGCUGAAUUUGGAGAUGGAAGUGGUGACUUGUAGAAAAGUGAUUGUUUAACAUAUUUUUCAGUAAGUGUGUGUUACUCUGGGAAUAAUACUCUGGAACAUUUGGAAUAAUGCCCUUGAGCAGCUUAAUCAAACAAAAAAGCACUGAAGCAAAAAUGUUCAAAAAAUGUGAUGUCUAAUGGCUUUGUCUUCAUUCUGUCUUCACAGGAAUCUCAUGAUUACACUCUUUUGGAUAUUCCCAUAACUAGAGAGCAGAUGAAUCACUAUCGAGCUGCAGCUGAAACUGCUCAAAGUGAACUUGCAGCACUUUCAGUGAAGUAUGACUCUGCCCAGUCAGAGCUUCUUAAACUCGGGUCGAGCAUGAUCUCUAAAGAAGCUUCUUUUCAAGAGCUGAAGGCUGAAGCUGAAAGCUAUAAGGAAAACAAUGCUAGGCUGAUGUCUCGCCUCCUGUCUUUGCAAACACGAAUCCAGGAGAUGGAAGAAGAGCUGUGUGUGCUUGCUGCUUCUAAAAACCAGGCUGAGCUGACAGCUCAGGUGGCAUAUAAGGAAAAUUUGGAGCUGAAGGAGGAGCUUAAUGAGAAAAGUGCCAAACUUCAUAAAUAUUUGAAUGAGUGUGAAGACAACAUGACUAAGGCUUCUAAAAUCAGCCAAAACUAUGAAGAGCUCCUUGCACAUCUUUCUGGAUUCUUGGACAUAGACAUCAGAGAAAAAGAGAAACCACGGGAACAUCUAACAUCAAAGGUCUCUGAAAUAUGUAAAGAAAAUCUGACACUAAAAGACCGGGUUGCUGCUCUUCAAGAAGAGGUGAAUGUCCAUGAGAUGGAGUCUAAAGCUAACAGAGAAACUAUCAUGAGACUAGUUUCAGAAGUAGCCAAGGAGCAGGAAAAGGCAGCAGGAUACUGCCAAGACAUGGAAAAGCUUAGUAAGGAUCUUCACAGUGCUAUAAUAAAGAGACAGAGUUUAGAGAUGGAGAUCAGAAACCUCCAAGAAAAACUGGCUGUUAACCAGAAAGCUUUGGAUACCUCAAAGCAGGAACUGCAGAAUCUGAAGAAAUCUUCCAGGGAGUUAGAUGCAAGACUGAAGAGUAGCAGAGAAGAGGCCAGGACUGCCCAGAGCUCUUUAGAGGCUUUUAAAGAAGAAAUUGCUACCCUGCUCAGCCGUGGAUUUGCAAUAGUUAAACCUUCUCAGAAGGCCAUUUUGGAGAGGAUCCGAGAAAUAAAUUGCAAAGAGCAGAAUAAAGAAAAAAUGGUGUCUCAGCUUGAAACACAAUUAGCUAAAUUGACUAAAGCUUUGGAAAAUCAGACCAGAUUGUACCAUGAAGCCCUGGAGAGGAGCAGGAAAGCUGAAAAAUGUUCUGAGAAUUUCCACGAUCAACUGAAGCACUUGGAAGAGGAAUUAUUAACUGGAGACCUGAUGCAAGAUGGUUUGAAGCUUGAGAAACAAAAAUAUCUGAAAUUUCUGGAACAACUGAAUGAGAAGAUGAAGCUGGACAGUGUAGCAGCAGAGGUUGGAUUUGAUAUGACUAUGGAUGCGAUUCUGGCCCGGGUAGAGCAGUUGGUGAAACUGGAAGGUGAUGCGGUGGUUGAGAACAAGACUGUGGCAUACGGCCUCAGAAGGAAGUUGAAGGCUCAGAAAGAAAAACUUGAAAGUAAAGAGCUGCACAUGAACCUUCUGCGGCAGAAAAUAACCCAGCUGGAGGAAGAGAAGCAAGUAAGGGCUGCAUUAGCUGUGGAAAGGGAUGAGGCCAAUCUCGCUGUCAAAAAGUUACAUAAGAUGAUAGAGAGGCUACAGAAGCAGCUUGAUCUGGCAAGGGAAACAAAUAGUGAUCUCAAAGCCAAGCUGUCUGAAACCAGUGAACUUAAGAUCAAAACUUUGGAGCAGAACAGAGCAAUAGAGGAACUCAAUAAGUCUCAAGGCAAAUUGGAAAGAAUGAAAGAAAAAGCUGAGAAACAACUUAGAUCUGCCAAAUCAGAACUUCUUUUAACGGAGCGUAAAGCUACUGAAGAUAAAGAAAAAAACAAAAAUAUAUUAGAAGCUGUUACCAGUGAGAUGAAGGUGCUUAAAACAACACUUGCAGAACUAGCAAAAAGAGAGAGACAGCUGGCAGAUUUCCGAGAGGUGGUCUCGCAGAUGCUGGGCCUCGACAUCGCCAGCCUGGCUCUUCCCGACUAUGAAAUCAUUACUCGCCUUGAGGGGCUGAUCCACUGCCAUCAGCACCACCUCUUCCCCUGUGUCUGCCUCAAAAAUGUGGCUCCCAGAGGGGCAGCAAAGAAACAUCCUGCCUCUUCUCUGAACGGAGAUGGGACAAAGUAAAAUUUUCUGUUUGCUUCCUCACCUGCUGGAGCUCCGCAGUAAACGGAUCCCUAUUUCUGUUCCCUACUCUAGAGACACCAGCUAGGGCUGAUUUUUAGAACUUCAGCUGAGAGACUGAUUGGAACGGGUAAAGACAGCAGCCUGGAGAUGGCAAACAGAAAAUCUCUGGGCAGCUUAAUACUUCGGUCAUGAAAAUGAUAGGCAACACAUCAACAAUGCCCUCCAGUUUCAGUGCAGAGGCACUGAAGUCAUGGGUCACCCAAGGUCAGUUCACAGUUCUGAGAAGUUAUUGAAUGUCUGCUUCAGUGGCAUUCCUUGUGUUUUACCUCUAGGUGACAAGGAUGAAAUAAAGUAGGAGUUGUCCUGCUGCUUUUCUUCUUCCCACCUGGACAUCUCUGCAUUUUUACAUAUAAGGGCUUUCACUUCAAGACAAUUGUCUGCAAGUUAGAGGAUUAUCUCAAUUUUGAGAGAUUCUUUUUUCCUUCUGUUGGUUUCUUUUGU